UUCUUGUUCUUGUUCUUGUUCUUGGAAACGUGCCCCAAGCCUGCACUCAGCUUGUGAGUGUGAGUUGUUGGGAUGUGAGUUGGGAGAGAUCACCAUCACGGUCGCCACGCCGAUCACCUCCGCCGGAUCAUAGUUAAUAACCAACACCAGUGAGCCAGCGCCGCCGGCCGUCUCCUCCUGCUGCUUCGACCUGUCCGAUGGCGGGGGCGGCAGCGCUCGCGCGGGAGCUCCUGGACGCGGCGCGCGCGCCGGAGUUCGCGGAGUGGCAGCUCGGCGUGCGCCGCCAAAUCCACCAGCACCCGGAGCUCGCCUUCCAGGAGCACCGCACCAGCGCGCUCGUGCGCGCCGAGCUCGACGCGCUCGGCAUCGCCUACGCCUGGCCCGUCGCGCGGACGGGCGUCGUCGCCACCAUCGCCGGCCCCGGGAGCGCCGGCGCUGGGCCGGUGUUCGCGCUCCGGGCAGACAUGGACGCGCUCCCCAUCCAGGAAAUGGUCGAAUGGGAGUUCAAGAGCAAGGAAGAUGGGAAGAUGCACGCCUGUGGCCAUGAUGCUCAUGUAGCAAUGCUUCUCGGAGCUGCUAGGCUGCUUCAGUCCAGGAGAAACGAUCUGAAGGGUACAGUGAAGCUAGUCUUCCAGCCGGCCGAGGAGGGCCACGCCGGCGGGUACCACGUGCUCGAGGAAGGCGUCCUGGACGACGUGCAGGCCAUCUUCGGCUUGCACGUCGACACGGCUCUGCCGGUGGGCACCGUCGGCUCCAGGCCAGGGCCGUUCCUCGCCGGAUCAGCCCGGUUCACGGCGACCAUCACCGGGAAAGGUGGCCAUGCGGCGGGGCCCCAGCUCGUCGUCGAUCCGAUCGUCGCAGCUUCCUCCGCCGUGCUCAGCCUUCAGCAGCUCGUCGCUCGCGAGACCGAUCCCUUACAGGGCGCGGUGGUGUCCGUGACCUUCAUCAGAGGAGGCGAAGCUUUCAAUGUCAUUCCGGAGUCCGUGACCCUGGGUGGCACGUUCAGGAGCAUGACGAGCGAAGGCCUCUCCUACCUCAAGACGAGGAUCAGAGAGGCGAUCCAAGGGCAGGCCGCCGUGGGCCGCUGCACGGCGGCCGUCGACUUCAUGGAGGAGGAGCUCCGGCCGUACCCGGCCACCGUCAACGACGAAGCCAUGUACGCGCACGCCAAGGCGGUCGCGGAGGGCAUGCUCGGAGGGGCCAACGUCAGGCUGUGCCCCCAGUUCAUGGCGGCCGAGGACUUCGGCUUCUACGCGGAGAAGAUCCCGGCGGCCUUCUUCGACGUCGGGGUCAGCAAGGCCGGGACGGGAAAGGUGGUCCACCAACUGCACUCGCCGCACGUCGUGAUCGACGAGGGCGCGCUCCCCAUCGGAGCUGCCUUCCACGCCGCUGUCGCGAUCGACUACCUGGGCAAACACGCCUCAAGCUCGAGCUCCUCCUAGCUAUACAUCAAUGUACCGUCGCAUGUAUCAUAUAGACAUACUGCACUGAUCAAACUAUUGCAUUCAUCGCAAGCGCACAAUCGAAUAAAGAGAGGGAUGCGAACAUUGCAAUUCUGCGAAUCCGUUAAACA